GGUGUCAGGGCUUAGAGCUUCCGGCUGGGGCCUGGGUCUGUGGGUCUGUCCCCAGCUCCAGACUGCCCGCCCUCCUGCCAUGUCCAUCAGUCACAGUGCCUCCCGGGAGCUGUUUGAGUGGGAUUUAACUGCUUACCUGAGAGAGACAUUUUUGCAUCCUCAGGCUGUGUAGCCAGCCACACACCACCGCCGUGGUAGCCCCCACUGCCUCUGGAUCACUUGAUUAAACCAAGGGGAACUAACUAAGAGAGAAUGCAUACAGGCACUCUAUUCUCUACCCUUCCUAAAGCUAACCUUAGGAAGGGAAGCUGGAUUUUACACCAAAAAAUAUUCAGCUUCAAGGAAAGCCCACCUUCUCCUGCCUAAACGCCUCCUUUUCCCAUCGGCCUGCUCAUGGACCCCCCCCUCCAACCUUGAAACAGAGAAGAUAGCUGCCUUAUUACAGAUUAGGGCGUUUUUCAGGAGAUUGUCUUACGUAAUAGCUUAAAGGAAACCCGUUCUGCCCUCUCACACCACCUCCAUAUAGAAUGCUUCCAGAAAAGCAAUGGUUAGGGUUUUUCCACUGUAUUUAUUCUCAGACCUCUGCAAAGACUCCGCAGUAUGUGGUGUUCUUGUGCAUUCGCCCCCUGCUGGCAGCCACCAGUAGCACAUGCUCCCUUCUCCAGCUGGAGCUGGGGACCCACGUUCAUUUGGAUGUGCAAAGAAUUUUACAAACUGGAAAGGUUAUCAGACAUCAUUAGGGACAACCUCUUCGCUUUACAGAUGACGAAACUGAGGCCUAGAAAGGUAAAGUGAUUUAGGGAGACAGCUUCAUGUUUUAGUCUAAAGACGCAGGGAGAGGGGUUGUUUGUCCCUCUGAGUGAAAGCUUAAAUCUUUUGUCCCCAUGUUCUCUGUGAGAAUGUUUUACAUGAUUCAAGGUGCUGUUGACAAGAGUUUUCACAGAUUGGUUUUCUUCUUUUCAAAGAAGUCACCUGAGUAGCAACCUUUUAGAUAUAUUGACAAUGAUUGAUUUUCUUUCCCCCCUGCUGGGACAGGAAUGGACAUACGUAUUAUGCCUACUCAUCUACAUGUAUUAUCUAAUUUGGUUAAAUCCUUGGGAUAUCCUGAGUAUUGUGUUUAAAAUCCCCAUUUUAGAGAUGAGGCAUUUUAAAGAUGAGCUCAGAGAGGGUCAUGGAUUUUUACAUAACACACUUUGUAUGAAACAAAAAUAAAGAAUAAAAAAUACAAUUUCUGCAGGCUGAGUAGUAAGAAACGUGUCCCACGUCCCUUGCCUUGUGGGUGGCAGAGGUGGGAUUUAAACCCCAGUGGAUUUAAUCCAAACCAAACCUGAUGAACUUUGUACUGGAGCCCACAGUAAACUAUACGGCGUACCUCCUAUGAGUCUUUGCUGAAUCUUCAGAAAAACAAUGAAAAACAAACUAACUAGCAAACUCCCUACACAAGCCAAAGAAAGAUGAGGAAUCACUUGGCAAGACGUCAGCGAGGCAGCUCUCACAGCUGCUGUGGUUUCUCCCAGAGCAAACACUCAAGCAGCCAACCCACAAUCCUUUAGUAGCAAGUAUUGAAAUAGUCCAGUGGGUUUUCCUCCAUGUGUCCCUUCUUAGGGAGGUCCAAAAGGUGGGAAGUGGACCCUGACCUGCCCACAGGGCUUGGGACCUGAUGGACACUGGGAUAUCGCUGAGGCUUUAGAGGACAAAAAGCUUUAUUUUUCUCAGUGAGAUUGCCCAGGUGGUGGGAUCGGGGAAGGCCCUCCCCGGCCCCCUUCUCCAUGGUUUACACCCUCACAGCCUUGUUCUGCCCAGUGAUGUAUUAGCGCAUAAACAGCCAAUGUGUAGGUGCUUCACUGGGUGAAUUUUUGGUCACAUGCCCGAAGUGAAGUUGAUGAUCUCUGCCAGGGUCAGGAAGGAAUUUUCCUCCUCUGGCUAACUGGCCAAGGCUGGGUGGUUUUCUGCUUCUGCUCUCUCUGGAAGGCUGAGCAGAGGUGCCAUGGACACCACACCUGUGACUGCUGCCUCUGACUCGUGUGAGGGCAGGAAGCCCCCAGCCCUGUCUCUCUGACUGUGUGGACCCUCCCCGUGCACCUUGAAGAACCACCAAAGGGAAUCAGAUACAGACGGUGCUGUGUACAGCCCUGGAGAGAUUACAGAGCAAGCCAGUGGGCUGGCGCAAAAAGAAGAAAAAAAAGAAGUCUUUAAAGGAGGGUGAUGUUGGACUCAGUGACACACAGCACCUUCCUGCCCAACGCGUCCUUCUGCGACCCCCUGAUGUCGUGGACUGACCUGUUCAGCAAUGAAGAGUAUUAUCCUGCCUUUGAGCAUCAGACAGCCUGUGACUCCUACUGGCCGUCUGUCCACCCUGAGUACUGGACGAAGCGCCACGUCUGGGAAUGGCUCCAGUUCUGCUGCGACCAGUAUAAGCUGGAUGCCAACUGCAUCUCCUUCUGCCACUUCAACGUCAGCGGCCUGCAGCUGUGCAGUAUGACACAGGAGGAGUUCAUCGAGGCAGCUGGUGUCUGCGGGGAGUACCUGUACUUCAUCCUCCAGAGCAUGCGCUCACAAGGUUACUCCUUUUUUAAUGACCCUGAAGAGACCAAGGCCACCAUCAAAGACUACGCUGUUUCCAGUUGCUUGAAAACAAGUGGCAUCAAAAGUCAAGACUGUCACAGUCAUAGUCGAACAAGCCUCCAGAGCUCUCACCUGUGGGAAUUUGUGAGAGACCUGCUUCUAUCUCCUGAGGAAAACUGUGGCAUUUUGGAAUGGGAAGAUAGGGAACAAGGUAUUUUUCGGGUAGUUAAAUCAGAAGCCCUGGCAAAGAUGUGGGGACAAAGGAAGAGAAAUGACAGAAUGACGUAUGAAAAGUUGAGCAGAGCUCUGAGGUACUACUAUAAAACAGGAAUUCUGGAACGGGUCGACCGAAGAUUAGUAUACAAAUUUGGAAAAAAUGCACACGGGUGGCAGGAAGACAAGCUAUGAUCUCCUCCAUCAUCAAGCUCAUUUUAUGGAUUUCUGUCUUUUAAAACAAUAGAUUGCAAUAGACCUUGAAAGUUCACUCUUUUAAAAGCCUGCAAACGUGCUGAUAAAAUUUCUCCACAUCUCAGCUUACAUUUGGAUUCAGAGUUGUUGUCUACUUGGGGGUGAUGACAGCAACCCUUAAGAAAUUCCUUUUUUUUUUUUUUUUUACCCGAGGGGAGGAGGGGAUGAUCUUUUGUGGUACCCGGAUCAAACAUCACUUCCCUAAUGAAGAGUUGCAGAACCACAAUGCCCUGUGCCAUUGCUGCUGCUCAGAGAAAAAGGAUCCAAUUCUGCCAUUAGAGGCUCAUCCGGUGCUCCCAUUCCAAAGGCUCAAACGUUUUCACAUAGUUAACUGUGGCAACUCACAAAGCAAAAAAGAAGUGAUUAGUUUGUAGUUAAUAUAGUAGGACGGGGUGAGAUGUGGGUAAGACAAACAUACUGUAGAUUUUAAAUUGUUAAAGUCAAAUUCCAUAGAAAAGUUUCUUAAUUAGUAAAGGAGCUAAGCCGUCAAGCUGGUACGUAAUUGGACUUAGCACAGGCUAAUAGCGAGUUUCUUAACCAGAACAUCUUUUAGCCACUCAGCAAAACUCCCAUGGCCAUCCUUCUGGAGUAACACAAAAUUAGGCACAUUCUUAAUUCUUGCUGAGUGUGUUCCCCCUGUUCUCCUAGGUGGGAGGCAUCAGAUGUGCAAAGAGUCGAUAGACGCUUACAUCAAUUUCCAAAUCACCUCUGUUUUAUGAUUCAAGUUCUCAACACAAUAAAAUCGUAAUUCAUUGA